UAUAUAUAUAUAUAUGUAUAUAUCUCUUCCCACAUCACCAAACCAACCAAAGGUUAGGAAAAAAAAAGAAAGAAAGAAAGAAAGAAAAAGACCACAACAUUGAGCACCAUGGAUUGGUACUCCUGGUUAUCAAGAACCACCCUUGAGCCCUCUCUUGUGUAUGAGUACGGCUUCAUGUUCACCCGAAACGAGCUCGAGGGCGACGAUGUCGCGUACUUCGACCACGAGUUCCUGAAGAGCAUGGGCAUCUCCAUAGCCAAGCACAGGUUGGAGAUCCUCAAGCUAGCCAUGAAGGCCAAGAAGAAGAGUAGGGGAGGAGUCGGAGGAGGCUCCAUGACCACUACUACUCAACACAUGCACAAGCUCCUCACCACCGCUCUAAAGAGGACCAAGAGUUGCAUAUCAAAGUACAUGCACACAUUGGUUCAUCCGAACCGCCACGACUCCUCGUCGAUCGUAAUCGUGCGUGGAGAUCGGCGGCGGGGAACGGAAGGGGUGCUUAAGAGGGAUAGGAAGAUGGUGGUGGUGCAACAAGGGAGGUUGAUGUUCACAAAUGGUGGUGUUAAGGUGAGUAGUAAUUGUCCUUCUCCUCUAUCAAGGAGUGCAACUAGUCCAAUGGUGAGUAGUUGUCAUUGUAAGAGUGGUGAGGGCGAUGAUGAUGAUGAUAAUGAUGAUGAUGAUGGGUAUAGGGGGAGUAAUGAUGGGAAUACAUUCAAGUGGGAUUCAAUGUUUAAGGAUUUGAAGCCCACAUGAUGAUGAGUUUUAUGUGAACCUAACUUUGUAUGUGUUUGAGAUGACCAUUUUCUUUUUCUUUUUCUUUUUUUGUUUUGUUUGGGAUCCUUUUGGUGUGUAGGUUGGUAGUAUAUAUUAUUUCUCAUAUAUAAAUAUAUAUAUAUAUAUAGAGAGAGAGAGAGAGAGAGAGAGAGAGAGAAUUAGGAUAUGAGAUGUCAUUACUCUUCAUAAGUUGCAAUUAAAGCUAUUAUUGGUUUGUGUUU